AAGGGGGAGGGGGUUACAGGGAGUGAUGACGUUUCUUCGUUAGCCGGAAGGUUCCGUGGUGGUUACUGGUGUUCCAGCUGGUUCAAAUUGUGUGGGUUCUAGUCCGAGGAGCUGAGGUCUCAUUCCCAUAUUCGCUGUUAGGAAUUCGGGCGCUCAUUGUCCCGUAUCUGCCCGUUCCUCUCUCCAAGUGUCUCUUCUCUAGUGGAGCGGGGCGACUUCGGAGGCUGUGGCGUUCACUCGCCUUUCCAGAUCUUACCUUUUAAGAUUGUAUUAAACUGUCAAGAUGGUGUUAGCAGAUCUUGGAAGAAAAAUAACCUCAGCACUACGCUCAUUGAGCAAUGCCACCAUUAUCAAUGAAGAGGUUUUAAAUGCUAUGCUAAAAGAAGUAUGCACAGCCUUAUUGGAAGCAGAUGUUAAUAUUAAGCUGGUGAAGCAGCUCCGAGAAAAUGUCAAGUCUGCAAUUGAUCUUGAAGAAAUGGCAUCAGGUCUAAACAAAAGAAAAAUGAUUCAGCAUGCUGUAUUUAAGGAACUUGUGAAGCUUGUAGACCCUGGAGUUAAAGCCUGGACACCAACCAAAGGGAAACCAAAUGUUAUUAUGUUUGUUGGGUUGCAGGGUAGUGGUAAAACCACAACAUGUUCUAAGUUAGCGUAUUAUUACCAGAGAAAAGGUUGGAAGACUUGUUUGAUAUGUGCAGACACAUUCAGAGCAGGAGCUUUUGACCAGCUAAAACAGAAUGCUACAAAAGCAAGAAUUCCAUUCUAUGGAAGCUAUACAGAAAUGGACCCUGUGAUCAUUGCCUCUGAAGGUGUGGAAAAAUUCAAAAAUGAAAACUUUGAAAUUAUUAUUGUUGAUACAAGCGGCCGUCAUAAACAAGAAGAUUCUUUGUUUGAAGAAAUGCUCCAAGUAGCUAAUGCUAUACAACCUGACAACAUCGUUUAUGUAAUGGAUGCUUCCAUCGGUCAGGCUUGUGAAGCACAAGCUAAGGCUUUCAAAGACAAAGUAGAUGUAGCCUCGGUAAUUGUGACAAAACUUGAUGGCCAUGCAAAAGGUGGUGGUGCACUUAGUGCUGUUGCUGCCACCAAAAGUCCUAUAAUUUUCAUUGGUACUGGCGAGCAUAUAGAUGACUUUGAACCUUUUAAAACACAGCCUUUCAUCAGCAAACUUCUUGGUAUGGGCGAUAUUGAAGGAUUGAUAGAUAAAGUCAAUGAAUUAAAGUUGGAUGACAAUGAAGCACUUAUAGAAAAGCUGAAACAUGGUCAGUUUACAUUGAGAGAUAUGUAUGAACAAUUCCAAAACAUCAUGAAAAUGGGCCCGUUCAGUCAAAUAUUGGGUAUGAUCCCUGGUUUUGGAACAGAUUUUAUGAGCAAAGGCAACGAACAAGAGUCAAUGGCAAGGCUAAAAAAACUGAUGACAAUAAUGGACAGUAUGAAUGAUCAAGAACUUGACAGUACAGAUGGUGCAAAAGUUUUCAGUAAACAACCAGGAAGAAUCCAAAGAGUAGCAAGAGGAUCAGGUGUCUCAACAAGAGAUGUUCAGGAGCUUUUGACACAAUAUACAAAGUUUGCUCAAAUGGUAAAAAAGAUGGGUGGUAUCAAAGGACUUUUCAAAGGAGGUGACAUGUCAAAGAAUGUAAGCCAAUCCCAGAUGGCAAAACUAAACCAACAAAUGGCCAAAAUGAUGGAUCCAAGAGUACUUCAUCAUAUGGUUUGUGACUUUCUUGGAGAGAAGAUUGCAUCACUUCUGGGUAUCAGCACCCCAAAGUACCAAUAUGCCAUUGAUGAGUAUUACCGGAUGAAGAAAGAGGAGGAAGAGGAAGAAGAAGAAAAUCGAAUGUCCGAAGAGGCAGAAAGACAGUAUCAGGAACAACAGAAGAAGCUUCAGACAGAUUCCACUAUUCAGACAGACCAGCCAGAAACUUUGGCAUCAAGUUCAUUUGUGAACCUCAAUUUUGAAAUGGAUGGAGUACCUAUUGAAAAUAAACAAAGCCUAACCACAACUUAGAAUAAAAUAACUUAAAUUUUAAACACCAAGGUAUUUUUUUUUUAAUCCAGGGAAACUUACAGUGGAACUUAUUGGUUAUUUGUAUUUAAACUUGUUGAAAUGAGUAAUUCCCCUUCAGCAGCUUCAGGUUGCCUCUUAAAGUAAAAAAUCUAUCUAGUAAAAAGCAGUUUUCUUUCAAACAAAGACUUGCUUACAGGUAUGAGAAGCCUAGAGCUAAAGCUUAGAUCUAUAUUAAAAGCAGUAAAAGAUCUGUUGUCUAAAUGUCUCAAUGACAGUCAAUAUAAGAACAUGUAAUUUUAUGUUUAUAAAACUGGGUGAGUAUAUGGAAAAAUGAAACUGAACUGACAUUAAAUUUUCAAAACAAAAUAAGAUUUUUAAAAAUAUCUUCUAAUUUGUAGACAUAUUUAUGUUGACUGAUACUAACAUGACUUUCCUCAGUGCCUAAAAUUUGGUCUUAAAAAAAGAUGGACAACAUUUUUUAUUGUUAAUUUAGAAAAACUUGUAUUCCAAUUAGUCAUGGAAAAUGAUAUAGGAAGAAUGGAAUUGUCCAGUUCCAUUCUUUUCAAAUUAACUGUUAUUUUGUAAUAUUAAUUUUAGUUUAUUUAGACCUGUUUAAUCUUGACUUUUUCUUAAUAGUGGGAUUAGGGACCAAAUAAAAUUUUUACUCAUUUUCAGUUUUUAAAAUCCUUUUUAUAGAAGCUAUAAAAAUCCAGUUGGCAACUGAAUAAUUUACAAAGUAUAUUCAAAUUAAAGAUAUAAAAAUUGCUCAAAAAGAUUCCUACUUUUGGCAAUGAAGUUUUUGCCUUUAUCAUUCUUUGUUUUCUAGUGGAUAAAAUGAAGUGUGAUAAGUGUUUCAAAAUAGCAUAUAUAUAUAUAUUUUUAAUGAGCUUAAAUGUACAUAAUCAGUACAGGUAUGACAUUUGUUUGUGAUGGCCAUUUGUAAGUUUAAGCAGUAUAGGGGCAAGGAAGAAUCAGAAGAAUGUUUUAGAAGUGCUGUUUUUAAAACAGUAAGAAACACACUAAAAAAGGUACCAAAGCUUUCAAAAAUGAGAGAUAAUUGUUAAAAGCCAUUUAAACAAAAUUAACCAAAUCUUCAGUCUUCCAUUUAAAUAAGUAUAUAUGUUUACAACAACUACAUCUGUUGUGAAAACCUGCCUUUAUAUUCUAUCUGGUCACAAAGCAUAAGCUCACGUUAGUUUGAAAAAAGAGUAGAAAUCAGAUCUUUGUAUCUGAUUUCAGUUUGCAACUUUUUAAAGUAGCCUUUAAUUGAUUAAAGAGGGAAAAUCAAAAUAUCUAAAAACAGUCCUCCUCCUCUCCCAUAAUCUUUUACCAUUUACUGGAAGAAUACUUUUUUUAAACCCCUACCUUCUGUCUUAGAAUUAAUACUGUGUAUUGGUUUCAAGGUGGAAGAGAGGUAAGGACUAGGCAAUGGGGGUUUAGUGACUUGGCUGGGGUCACACAGCUAGGAAGUGUCUGAAGUCAGAUUUUGAACCCAGGACUUUCUGUCUCUGGACCUGGCUAUCAAUCUAUUGAGCCCCUUAGCAGAAUAAUUUUUUAAAAGCAUGUUGUUAGCAGGUAUGUGGCACUUUCCCUUUCAGCUGAUUAUGACUAACUUUAUAUUUGACAGUUUCAUACACUCAAAAGCAAAUUUUCCAUUGAAGUCCUAGUUAUAGGGUAGAGAUUACUAAAAUACCACCUAACCUACCUAAAAUUUUCCUACUAGUCAUUUCUGCAUUUCUUCCACCACUCCCCCUCCAAACCUUUUCCUACCCUCUAAACUUAUAGUACCAUGAGUAGGCAAGUGUUUGUCCCAUUGAAUAAAGUUAGGAAUUGCACUGCGACUUUAGAAUUGUGUUAAAAUUUGAAACUUCCAGAACUAUAUUUCUGUACUAUAUUAAUCAUGAUCAGGCAGGUCGUUGUCCUAACUUUAUAUCUAAUAUAUUUACUGUGCCUUAAUAUGUAAAUACUUAGUUGAUGCAAAUUGUUUAAAAUGGUGAAAAUGAUUAUUAAUUAAAUUAUUUGUUUUACGUGAACCUGAAA